CGUUAGUUGCAAUCGCGGCGCGGGCGACGAUGGACUUCGACAACAAAGUUAUCGUGAUCACCGGGGCGAGUUCCGGCAUCGGCGCAGCUGCCGCCCUAUUGUACGCCAAGCAGUCUGCCAAACUUGUGUUAAUUGGGAGAAAUGAAGAAUCUUUGAACAAAGUUGCAAAACAAUGUGAACAUACAAAAGGUAUUAAACCUCUGGUUAUCAAGGCGGAGUUGUCCAAUGACGAACAAGUGAAGAAUAUAGUAGCAAGCACAAUAGACACCUUUGGUCGCAUCGACGUUCUUGUAAACAAUGCCGGUGUUGGUGUCAAAGGAAGUAUUUUAGAAGGUGUGGAGCUACUUGACCGCGCUAUGGCAACUAAUGUGCGAGCUGUGUACCAUUUGACAAGUUUAGCGGCGCCACAUCUCAUCAAAACAAAGGGCAACAUAGUGAACGUAUCGAGCGUGGCGGCCUUACGACCGAUCAAGGACGUGGAUUACUUGCCGUACUGCGUAUCGAAAGCGGCUUUGGACCAUUUUACGAAGUGCGUUGCUGUGGAGUUGGGCCGUCACGGUGUUCGCGUCAACUCUGUCAAUCCCGGUGGCACAAAUACACCGUUCGCUGAAACAGCCGGGUUCACCAAAGAGCAGGUUGCAGAGUUAUACAAAAGCCGCAGCUUAUUGUACCCAUUAGGUAAAAUGGCGGAAAGCGAGGAGGUCGCUGACCUGAUUCUUUAUCUAUCGAGCGAUCGCGCGCGCAGUAUCACGGGCAGUAUUUACGUUAUAGAUAACGGCGAAAUAUUAGUGUGAUGUUAUUUCCUAAUGUGCAGCUAAAUAUGGUUGUUUAUUCUAUCUUGCUUUAAUUGGGAAAUGCAUGUGACUCUGUGAAAUAUUUCUUACAAAGUAGUAAUAAAGUGUAUGUAGUGCUUAAACCAAAUUAAAAUACGAAAAUAUACGAUA